AUGAGCCGCAUUGGUCUUCUACUCGCCCUUCGUUACUCCUCUUUCACUAGCAGAGACCAUCGACAAACCCUGCCGUUCCAAGGGUAAGUAUGCCGGAAUCACGAGACAGACGGCCACAGCCUGUGGACAUAGCGGCAGUAUUCACUAGCCGGCGAUCUGGGGUCAUGGGCAUAGUAGAUGACGAGUUGGAUUCGGCUUUAUUUCGAUCCACGCCAAGUCGAGUGAAUACUGUCUGGACGACCUCAGGACAAGCAGCCGGGUUGGGGGGUAGGCGAGCUGGGGGGAGCGUCAUCGGCAGUUUUGGCAAUCUGAGAAACGGACCACCUACUAUUGACAGGAACAGUCCAUCUUGGACUGAUCGGCGGGGAAGGGUCCGACCAUCGCGGAGCGUGCUACCUUCUUGGUACCCAAGAACUCCGCUUCGUGACAUCACCGCUGUUGUGAGGGCAAUUGAAAGGAGAAGAGUUCGCCUAGGAGAAAACCAAGGACAGCAACCUACUAGUCCAUGUCCGGCAGAUCAAUCUCCUGCAGACUCUCCAAUCCCAACCAUUGGUCACAAGUUCCGGACACCUACUGGUUGUAAGUUGCCAAAAAUUUUACUUGAUAUCACCAAUCAGUCUGAAGAAGGACCAGAAUUUCUAACACCACAGAAGAAGCUCCUUAACUCCAUUGAUAUGGUUGAGAAAGUUGUGAGAGAGGAAUUGCAGAAACUAAAGAGAACACCAAGCGCGAAGAAGGCAGACAGAGAAAAACGAGUUCGUACUUUGAUGUCCAUGCGUUAACUUUGAGGUAUGCUAUAUUCGUAGUGGGGCUAGAAAGGGAGCUGGAAUUGGAGACCCUAGCAAGACAGGAAAAUGAAAAUCAUUGCUCGAUUUAUCAUCCUCUGAUGAUAGUUUAGACCUCAUUUUAGUCGAUAAUAAUUAGUUUCAUGUGCGCUCUAACACUCUUGCUGAACGUCUUGGAGUAGGACCAGUAAGCAUGUCCAUGUGAUCUUUGAUAGGUUGGAGUAAGGGCUAAGGAUAGUACGUAUCAUUCUGUCAGAUGUACAUAAG